CAGCAGCGCCUCUGUACACGGGUAUCGGCAAGCGCCUCAUUUUCAUUCAGAGUAAAACAGAUUAUUUGUCUGGAAAUGGAUCCUUUAAAAGCACAGCAGUUGGCAGCAGAGUUGGAGGUGGAAAUGAUGGCUGAUAUGUAUAACAGGAUGACUGGCGCGUGUCAUAAAAAAUGUGUUCCUCCACACUACAAAGAGGCCGAGCUGUCUAAAGGGGAAAGUGUAUGCCUGGAUCGCUGUGUUUCUAAGUAUCUGGACAUCCAUGAGCGAAUGGGAAAGAAGCUUACUGAGCUGUCUCUGCAAGAUGAGGAGCUUAUGAGGAAGAUGCAACAGGGUGUGAGUUCGACAUAGUAACACUGCCAAAACAAAAUAAAGAAGUUUAUGUUCUGUAUAACCAUAUUUUUAUGGUGAAAAAACACACUUUUUUAUUUGCAAUGGACUAUUCUACAGAUAAGUAUGUGAAAACAGAUCUGAAGGAAAGUUUUCCUAACUGCUGGACUUUUUAUUUCCUUUUUCAAAACGGCUAAGAACAGUUUUUUUUCACAAACACUGGAGGAGAUGAAUCUUGGCAAACUGCAUUACCCUUCAGUUUUCAUUUUUUGUCAGAAGGGCUGAAUUAUUGAAACAGUUUUAUGGGGUGGUUAGUAGUGAAAUGUCAGUGAUAUUAGUAUCUAGCUUGUUUGAAAUAACCAUGCAAUAUUUACCAAACAGUGCUAAACAUUUUUGUUACUUGUGCUGAUGAAAUCCAAGUUCUGGUAAAUCUAAUACUUUUAUUGUAUUAGGUUGGCCUAAUAUUGUAAUCUGUAAGAACACUGCAAAACGUGAAGGAGGCAGUGCCUCAGGUGUUAUACCCACAUUUUAUUACUUUUUUGUUAACCUUGCUGGACUGCAGGGAGCAUCUCGGCUUAUAGCAGAUUACUUUCAGUAGCACUGUGAUAUCUGGUGGGGAAAUAUACUCGAAAAACCAAGCGAUGCUUCUCUGUUCCAUGCACUUCAAACAUGUCUAAAAGAUUUCAGGUACUUUAGUUUUUGUAAUGUAUAAGCUGUUCUUAUUCACAAUUCACAAGCUGCAAUAGAAAGCAUAUGCAAUUAAUUGUUUUCUAUGUUAUCUAAUAAAAAAUACCUUAUGUAUAUUCACUUCUGCAAGCUA